AUGCUACCUACUGGCGAGGUCGUGCAGUUCAACAGGAGAACACCUUUUCUUCAUCAGCGCCCCGAACGGGAAUAUGUCCCAAUCUCGCAGUGGGAUGCCCUUGUCGUACCCCCCAAUGGAGAGCACCCAAAGGCAUUCAUGAAGCGUAUUUCCGCUGCCUCGGAGACUGGAGAUAACCUGUCUGAGUCGUUAAUUAGAACACAUGGAUCGGGAGAUAUUGUGAGACGAUUUCAUCCCAAUCACGGCACCACCACUAUCGCGUUUUGUUUCCGUGGAGGCAUUCUCUUGGCUGUAGAUUCUCGAUCCACGCAGGGCCAGUUUGUAUCAAGUGGCGUUGUCCAGAAGGUCAUCGAGAUUACCCCGCAUAUCCUUGGCACCAUCGCCGGUGUUGCUGGAGAUUGCCAGUUCUGGGAGCGCGAUCUCGGGAGAAAGUGUAGGUUGUACGAGCUUGAAAAUGGCGAACGGAUCUAUGCGUCGUCUGCAUCAAAGCUCUUUAUCAGCACCCUUCAUUCUCAGAGCGGUGCUGACAUGUCUGUCGGCGCAAUGAUCAGUGGAUUUGAUUCCACAAACCACCCGUGCAUAUACUAUUGUGAUAGUGAAGGAACGCGCAUAGGCGGGUACCUCUAUGGCGCUGGCUCCGGGUCGACGUUUGCCUUUGGGAUCGUGGACACGGAGUACGACUUUGAAAUGACAGAAGAGCAGGCGAUAGCUUUGGGGAAGAAGGCAAUCUACCACGCAGUAUCCAGAGAUGCGAUGUCUGGAGGCAUGCUCAACGUUUAUGUGAUCAGACCCGGCGGCUGGGAGCACGUGCUGGCCAUGGAUAACUAUGAAUACUACAGAGCAAUGCAUCCAGACGCGCCGGCACUCCCUCCACCUCCACAGUAG